GCUCUCCUGCCUGCGCUCUAUAUAAUCCAUGACGUUUUACGUCGAGUCCGCCAUUUGCGCGGAGUUCUAUCGGCCUUCUCCAAAAUGGCUCGCGCGGUGUGUGCUCUAGUGUUUGGAGCUCUGCGCUGCGGAGUGACGCCCAGCCUUGAUGCAUGCCUCGUACAUUGGCCGACGGGUCAGCCGCUCUUAUAAUUCCGAUUGGUUGAGGUUGGCGCGAAGGUGCACAGCGCCGAGACACGGGGGAGGCGGGAAACAAUAGCUGGAGAGCAGGCCGUCAUACCGGGAACCGGUGGGAGGAGAAACCUGCGGCGGAACAGCCCGAUAUAACCAGUGUCACUAGAGACGGAACCUUGGGUGUCCAGGGGUCAGAACCAUACGGUAUCACCAUUAGACACCGGGAGACCUCGGGUGCCAUGGCAGACAAGGAGGGUGAGUGGGCGCUCAACUUCCCCCCCAGCAUGCUCUCUGAGCCACACUCCCCUGAGUGCUGGUUACCCUAGAGAUGCUCACAGACACAGUGCAGGAGUGGAGGGAUAUCGGGUCUAACUAUGGGUCUCAGACGUCAAGUUCACAUAUCUGACUUCCAAGUUUUAAUAUAGGUUUGAAAGUUGAUGUAUUUAUGUAUACUAUUUAUAAUGGUGAUAAUAUGCAUACUUUCUUUUUAUGGUUGUGGUGGUUUUUUUUUUUUUUUUGUUUUUUUUUACCAUGUAUAUUAGUAAAGUUAUUACACGCUUUUGCCCCAAAAGUCUCCACUAAGUUAAGCAUAAGUGAAAGUAUGGGUAUGUGACUUUGAAACAGUACUUCCUGUUUUGUUUCUACUUUUUUUAGCUGCAUUCGAUGAUGCAGUGGAGGAACGUGUUAUAAAUGAAGAAUACAAAAUUUGGAAGAAGAACACGCCGUUUCUUUAUGACCUGGUAAUGACCCAUGCGUUGGAGUGGCCUAGUCUUACUGCUCAAUGGCUUCCAGAUGUCACUCGGUGAGUAGGACCGUGUAAGGAAGUCACAUCUCUUAUGUGACUGUUGGUUAAGCAAUCCUGUCAAUGCUCCAAAGCCUUUGCUUCAGUUUUCUGUAAUCAGCAGUGGCUCUGAUGCACUGGCAGCAGGAAUCUCAAACUAUAGCAUCUAUCUACGAAGUUCUGUGUUUUUUUUUGGCUUGGAGUGUUCAGCUGAGACUCAGUCAAUGAGCUUUGUCCUGGAUUGCUGGACUUGUCUCAGGAAAGCUCACAUAAUUUCUAGUUUAGGAACUUCUGGCUAUAGGAAAAUAGUUGAGUGGGGCCUUCUGAACCCAUAGUAACAAGUCAAACCAUUCAAAACAUGUUUCCCUCCUUACAAUGUACUGUUGUCUGGUCAUUCCUGUUACUAUAAAGUGACUCUCCAGACACCUAAAGCACUUUAGCUUGCUGAAAAGCUUUGUGUUAAGUGUGUGUCCUGUUCUUUAGCUUUGCAAAAAGUGCAGAGUUCAAUAGAAAUUGUCAGUUUUAUGAAUUAAAAUGGUUACACUAUCUGGCUUUCAAGCAGGCAAGAGGUCUUGUUACUUCCUGUUUUGGUUAGCUCAGUGGAGCUCAAGUCAAGAGGCGGCAAUUGCUCAGAACUUCUUAGAAAUUCUUCUCAUUGAGCUGCAUUGGAAUGUCUUUGAUUGAACAGUCAUAGAAAGUCUAGACGGAGUUAAAAGGUGAGGGCUUGCAAAGGCAGCAGACACGAAAAAUUUAGGUUUUUAGAUAUUUCUCAAAAGAAAACAUGUAUGCAUUUUUCCAUUGCAGUAUAUCUACUAAACAGUAAUUUCUGCUUAUUUUGUAUUUGUGCACUUGAGUGUCCCUUAAACUUCCAGAUGUCACUAUGUGAUUAGCCAAGUAGGACUGUGUAAGUAAGUUGCAUCUUUUAUGUGACUGUUUGUUAAAGGGAUACUCCAGGCACCCAGACCACUUCUGCCAAUUGGAGUGGUCUGGGUGCCAACUCCCACUACCCUUAACCCUGCAAGUGUAAUUAUUGCAGUUUUCUUAAACUGCAAUAUUUACAUUGCAGGGUUAAGUCCUCCUCUAGUGGCUGUCUACUAGACAGCCACUAAAGGAGAUGUCCGUGUUCAUUGAACAUGAAGUGUUUUAAAACGACGCUGGACGUCCUCACACUACGUGAGGACCCCCAGUGUCUCCGAAAUCCCCAUAGGAAAGCAUUGUAUAGUGCUUUCCUAUGGAGAGGUCUAAUUCGUGUGCGUGGCCAUUGCUGCGCAUAAUGUCAUUAUGGGGAGGAGCGUAGACGGAGCCUGACCCAGCACCGAGGGACAUUGUUGAUGGACUCCUGUAAGUCACUGAAGUUGUUUUAACUCCUUCAGCAACUUGGUAUGGGGGGGUGGGAGGUAGAGGGGCACUAGAGGGUCCUGCAGUGCCAGGAAAACAAAUGUUUUCCUGGCACUGUAGAAUCCCUUUAAGCAAUCCUGUCAAUCUACUAUAGGGAGUUUUAACGAUUAUGGUGCUUGGAUGGAGAUAUAUAUAUCUAUAUCUAUAUAUCCCUAGCGCCGCAUCUCCUCUGGCUGUGCUGCUUUUCCCUUAUUGCACUGUGUUCAAUUUAGACUUUAUUUCUGCUUGUUUGUCUGCUAAAGCCUACAGCAUCUCUUGUGUGGGACACUAUACAUACCAUAACCACUACAGCAUUAUGCUGUGAUAAUGGUACUAGUAGUGCUCUUGUGCCCCCCUCCUCCAUUGUAAGCAAUCAAACUGUUUAGGAAUUUAGAAAUUUAACAAGUGCAGUAUUACAAGGAUAGUUAUUAUCAUUACUUUUUGCCUAUAAAAGCAUUCUCUUAUGCUCUUCUGUUACCUUAUUUGGUUACAAAUAUAUUUUUUUCUUUUAUAAAGGCCUGAAGGGAAGGAUUUUAGUAUCCAUCGCCUUGUUCUUGGUACACACACAUCUGAUGAACAAAAUCACCUUGUGAUUGCUAGUGUGCAACUUCCUAAUGACGAUGCUCAAUUUGAUGCUUCUCACUAUGAUAGUGAGAAAGGAGGUGAGAUUCUUUUGAUAUAAGGUUUUCAAUGUGCCAAAUUGUUCCAAUCCUGCCCCCCUCUCCUUCAGCACUCACUAUGACUUUAAAAGCAGGUAUUCGCUUCUAGGCUUAACCUCAGACACCUCAUGUUUUUGGUUAACAUAUCUAAAUAUAGCUCUAAUUCUUAAAUGCUUUAAUUCUGUAAAGGAUUACUCAAGGCAUGAUGACCACUUCAGUGAUUUGAAGUGGUCAUGGUGCCUGGAGUCUAUGUGCAUUGUUUCAUCACAGGGUAUCCUCAGCUAGCUAAUGUCAGCUCUGUGCUAAGUUUGAUACAAAGACUUAUUCAUUGGCUAGUAAUAGCAAAAAAAUCAUAUACACGAUGAAAGGAACACUGUAGGCACUCUUAAAAGCUCAUAUUAAGGGAGUUGUCAUAGUACCUGCAGUCCUGUACCCCUCUCCUAUCCCCCACAGCCCUCUAGGUAACUAAUUAGAGGGCUUAGAAGCCUGGUCUCAAGGCAUGCCUCUAAGCCCUCUGGGUAUAUGAGCCAGGAAUCUUACUUCCUGGUUCUCGUGUUGUGAAUUGCAGUGACAUUGUAGUCUGCCAUAUAGAAUCAUUGUAUUCUAACGUUCUUUGGCAGAAUCUUGGGCUCAUUGCAACAGGUGUCGCAUAUGCGCCGAAGGUGUAGAGUUUUCCUGAGAUACGUAUUCAUAUAAGUAUUCCUAACGCAACGGUGUUCCCUUAAGGCCACCUAGGUAUUUUUGUGGGGUUACAUUUGUCUUAAAUAGGUGUUGCCCGAUUUUCUUCUAUUUUUUGCUGUUAAUCAGCAACUCUGGUGAUGGGGCAGCUCAGAAAGGCAGAACUUGAGUGCAGUGCCUUAUGUUUCCUGGACUCAUUCAUUGGCUGACAAGUGAGCUGAGGCUCUCAACCAGUGAUUGAGCAGCAGGAUUGACAUGCAGCUCUGCAGAAGCAGGAUGUUGUAAGCCUACCUACAUCUGAGGCCUGGGUCCUGCAAAAUCAGAUAAGAAAGCAAACCAAUUGUAAAAUGCUUGGGGUACUAAAAUCCUACCACUUUAUACCCUGUGUACCAUAACGAUUAUACCCCUGCACUUUCCUGGUCGCAGACGUUUUGUGCCUCUCUGACAUAAGGUCUGCAAUUUUGCCCUUUUGUGGCAUUUUUUUAUGUUUUUUUGAUUGUGGGUAGAUUUGAUUGGCAACUGAAUCAGAACCCUAAAGGACCACUGUAGUGCCAGGGAAACAAACUCUUUUUCCUGGCACUAUAGGGUCUUUAGGUGGUCCCACUCCUGUCGGACUGAAGGGGGAGGAAGGGGUUAAUCACUUACCUUUCUCCAGCGCCGGGCUCCCUCGGCACUGGGGAAAUCUCCUCCCUCUUCCGACGUCAACACUGCAUGCGCGGCAAGGGCUGCACGCGCAUUCAAUCAGUCCAUAGGAAAGCCUUUCUCAAUGCUUUCCUAUGGACGUCAGCAUCUUCUCACUUUGAUUUUCAGUGAGAAGCGCCUCUAGCGGCUGUCAAUGAGACAGCUUUUAGAGGCUGGAUUAACCCUAAUGUAAACAUAGCCGUUUCUCUGAAACAACUAUGUUUAUAGCUGCAGGGUUAACCCUAGAUGGACCUGGCACCCAGACCACUUCAUUGAGCUGAAGUGGUUUGGGUGCCUAUAGUGGUCCUUUAAAGGGAAACUCCAGUGCAGGUCCCCUCUCCCUCCCAUCCCCAAUCACCGGUUGCUGAACUAGUGAAAACCUCUUCAGUAACUUACCAGAGGGACAUGUCGCUGCUUCUGCCGCCGCCGCUCCUCCUCUGUAUUACGUUAGCCGGUGGGUGAGACUGAUCCCGCCCAUUGGUCGGCGAGACCUAAUGCGCAUGCAGGGCAAAUGCUUUUCAAUGCUUUCCUUGCUUUUCAAUGCUUUCCUAUGGGGAAUUGAGCGACGCUGGACGUCCUCGCACAGCGUGAGGACGUCCAGCGACGCUCUAGUACAGGUUUUCUGUGCUAUGAUGCAGGAAGUGCCCUCUAGUGGCUGUCUGGUAGACAGCCACUAGAGAUGGAGUUAACCCUGCAAGGUAAUUAUUGCAGUUUAUAAAAAAAAAAAAAAAAACUGCAAUAAUUACACUUGUAGGGUUAAGAGUAGUGGGAGUUGGCACCCAGACCACUCCAAUGGGCAGAAGUGGUCUGGGUUCCUGGAGUGUCCCUUUAACCUCUUAAGGACACGUGACAUGUCAUGAAUCCCUUUUAUUCCAGAAGUUUGGUCCUUAAGGGGUUGAACACUGCUCACUGUCAAAUUUUUCAAAUUUCAUUGCUAUAGUGGGAAAAAUAGUCCCUAUAUUUCUUUAUGUAUUCUAUGAGAAUUAGAGCAUCAGGAAAAAACAAAUUCACACACAAGGAACAAUAUUGAAGCAACUUUAUUUUUAGUGACCGAGCUGCUAUAGUUACAUUUUUCUUUUCUUUCUCAGAGUUUGGUGGGUUUGGAUCCGUAAGUGGAAAAAUAGAAAUUGAGAUCAAAAUUAACCAUGAAGGUGAAGUAAACAGAGCACGAUAUAUGCCUCAGAACCCAUGCAUCAUUGCUACUAAAACUCCUUCCAGUGAUGUCCUUGUGUUUGAUUACACUAAACACCCAUCCAAACCAGGUAAGUAAUUUGAAAUAAAAGCAUCUGCACCAUUCAAAUAAUCAUGUGUGGAACACACUGACCAUUAUCACCAAACCAAAUUCUCAAAACUUCUGAUUACAAAGUGGUCCUGUUGUGACUUCCAUUUUAAUAACACUAUAAAUAAUUUAAAAAGUUAUAUAGAUUGUGGUCAAAGUAAAUCUGCAAGUAAUGGUGAGGGGUGAUAGGGGAAAGAGCACCAUGAGAUUAAGCACAACCUGUCUUCUUCGCUUUUAGUUAAAUCCCACCAUGCAAUAUGCAUGGAAUUAUGGUGCCUAGUGUCUCUUUAAUAAAAACUAAUGCAGUGAAUUAUGUAAUUUUCUCUUUACCAUAAAUCUUAAGGUGGCUCUGUCAUCUUCUGGGGUCUAUUUAUGUUUUGUAAAGAUCACUAAAGCCUCCAUAGACACACCUUUUUCCCCCUGCCUUCACUAACCAGAGGUCUCUAUAGUGUUAAGAAUACAGAUUUGUAUUCCUAACUAGGAAUGCACCAAAAUGAAAAUUCUGGGCUGAAACCGAAAAAUCAGGAUGCCCUUGGCUGAAGACCGAAAAUGAUUUGUUUUUUUUUAACUUUAUAUUACACAGUGUAUGAUGCCAUGUAGUGUUCUAUUGUUUAUACACACACAUAUAACAGUGUAUUAUGUUUACUGUGUGAUAUAUAAUAUACUGUGUAAUGUAUAACAUAUAGUAAUAUAUAUUUAUUACUAUAUAUUACAUAGUAUUAUUCUGCAUUACACAGUAUAUUUAUUGUGCUUUACACAGUAUAGUAUAUUUAUUACUAUAUAUUACAGUGUAUGAUGCCAUGUAGUGUUGUUUUGUAUAUACACUAUAUAAUGAAGCUCAGUUUAUCCCCAAGUAGGGGAGGAAGACCCCUGUACUUCCGGGAUGGCAGCCCCUGAAUGCUGAUUUCCGGUUCUGUUAUCAAGCAUCAUGGCCCGCCAGCCCCGUGCUUUCCCACAAUCUCCCUGUCCAGCCAUGCACACCCUCCGGGCCAGGAGAGACACUUACUGCAAAAGCCGUCGCCAUCUUGGAUCCACGUGUCCCUGUUGACUUCAGCGGAAGUGACUCGUCCUGGGCUUAUCACCAUGGAGACGGGAGGAGGCUGAACGCUGACAGCCUAUAAAUGCUUUCUCUCCAUGGUCCCCCCCCCGACCUGUCCCUCCUAUAUUACAUUUCUCCCCUGGUUCAUAUGAGUGACUGCACUGGGACAGUGGCUCAUGGUAUAAACCUGCCUCUCAUUCUUCUCCCGUGUAUUGUGAUCUCUCACUUUUCUGGUAUUUGGAAAUUGUGCCCUCUCAUACUGCUGGCUACUAACCGGGCAUUGUUCUCUCUCAUAAGGGGGGUGGGGGGAUCCAUAUUGAAUUAGUCUACUUCUGUACAGUGUGGUUAAGAAACACCUAAGCCAUCUGACAUUUUUCUUUGUUUUCAUAACCCCCACAAAUUCUUUUAUAAUGGGAUCACUGCUCGUUAUAGAUGCUAGUAGAUGCACACCUUGGGCACUCACCAGUAAAUGUGUUUCUCUGUAAGCCAUCAGAAAAUAAAUACAAGAAAAAUUCUUCACAUUUUAUUUUAUUCUUAUGUGUUGAUUUGUGCCAUCUGCAGAGUCAGUUUGUGUAUCUUCAUUUAAACAAUUCCACGUGUGAUGUUCAUUAGAAAGUCAUAAUCCCUGUAACAUAAUUUCCACUGCUUUGUUCAGACCCCUCAGGUGAGUGUAAUCCAGACCUCAGACUCCGAGGCCACCAAAAAGAAGGCUAUGGCUUAUCUUGGAACCCUAACCUCAGUGGGAAUCUGCUGAGUGCGUCAGAUGACCAUGUGAGUGCUAGAUUUGACACUACACACAAUGUAAUUUGGAACCAUGUUUGCCUUUGGAUUGAUUUUUUUUUUUUUUUUUUUUUCUUCUGUCUGCUUGCAGACUAUUUGCCUGUGGGAUAUAAGUGCAGUUCCUAAGGAGGGCAAAGUUGUAGAUGCGAAGACUAUCUUCACUGGACACACUGCAGUAGUGGAAGAUGUAUCUUGGCACUUACUACAUGAAUCUCUCUUUGGAUCGGUUGCAGAUGAUCAGAAGCUUAUGAUGUGAGUGUUCCCAUCUUGUUUUACAUUUUCUCCAGCAGUUCCAUACUGCCGGAAAUAUACAGAAUUGUAAAAAAAUAGAUGUGUAUGUAUAUUUAUUAGCUGGCCAUAGGGUUCUGCUAAAAUUGAAGUUAUAGUUUCCAUUUAAAGUGGCAAUCUACUCUAAAUAUGGUUGCAAGAUUUAAGCCACAGAUUAGAUGGCUAUAGUGGAUAAGUGUGAUAACCUGGCCAAACUUAUCCCCACUAUGCAGUUUCUGAAACUUCAAAAAUGUUUGAAUCAAAACAGUUUUUCUAUAUUUGUUUUGAAAACUGAGGGUCAGGAUAUUUGCACCAAAAUCACUACUCUGUUAUAAAUAAAAAUGUGUGUAAUAUAUCUAUAUAGAUAUCUCUAAGGUGAACAAAAGAGCACUCUCAGUUUUUACAAAUAGUGUAUUAAGCAAUCAAAAUGUUUUCAUCAAUGUUUCGAGCCUCCUGGAUCUUUAUCAAAAUCUUGUAAACAUUUUGAUUGCUUAAAGGGAUUCUCCAUUACCAGGAAAACAAACCCGUUUCCCUGGCACUAGAGAAUCCUGACGUGCGCCCUCCAUCCCAUGUCGCUGAAAGGGUUAAAACCACUUACCUGAAUCCAGCGCCGAUGUCCUCAGUGUUGGUUCAGGCUCCGCCCACGCUCCUUCCCAGCCGGCGGGAGAGACCUAAUGCGCAUGCUUUUCCUAUGGGGAAAAUCUGACGCUGGAGGUCCGUGAGGACGUUCAGUGUCAGAUAACGGACCAAAAGUCUGUUACAAAUCUUGAAGUGCCCCUACUGGCUGCUAGACAGCCAGAGAGGGCAGACUUAGAGCAAAACGUACACCGCACCCAGAACAUUUCAAUUAGCUUAAGUGGUCUGGGUGCCUACAGACAGGGAAUGGGUACAGAAAGAAAGAGGGGGGUGCAUCUUUGGUACAUCGGAAUACUCACAGCCAAGCAGCAGUGCUCUUUUUAUGUUUAAUAGUAACGUAAUGGGGUAUCGACCCCUGUUUGGUUCCAACAUGGCAUUUAAGCAGGUAGGUUCAAGAUUAGGACCAUGGAGAACACAUGAAACUACAAUCCUCCUGGGUUACCAGAUCUCCAUGUGUGCCAGAGUUCGCAUGUUUUCAGGUAGUGUGUGGAAGGAGGAAAGAGGGAUGUAUAUCAAGUCUCGUAUAUCCAUUGCUUAUGCAGUUCCCCAAGUAGGUCCUCUCUUUUGGGGGUACAGGAGACUUCCAUUUCCUUGUUAUUAGCUGCUGUGCCAUCAGUGCAAUGUGUAAGAUCAUCUUCCUUUCUUUGUGUUUCUCUUUUUUUUUUAAUAAGCCGCAAUAAGAAUAAUGUUGUAGCAUUCUUCAUUUCCAGUGUUUAUAAAUUCUAACUCAUGCAUGUCAUCGGUAGCUGGGACACACGUUCAAAUAACACAUCAAAACCCAGUCACUCGGUGGAUGCUCACACAGCUGAAGUGAACUGCCUUUCUUUCAACCCCUACAGCGAGUUCAUCUUGGCCACAGGGUCAGCAGACAAGGUACACUCUUACCUCUACCUGUCUCUAGGGGGGUGGGGGGAGGGAUGUGUAUGUAUGUAAAACACAACAAUUAUUGUUUGAUCUCUUAACUUGUAAACUUAGUUGGCUGCAACUCAUUGUAUUGCUAGAGUCAGUGUUUCACUACUUUUGAGCCUUGUAUUCAUUUAUUUAAAGGGAAAAUAUAUGCACCCAGACCACUUACGCUCAUUGAAGUGGUCUUGGUGCACUGUCCCAGGCACCUUAGCCCUGCAAUUGUAAUUUUUGCAGUUUUUGAUAAACUGCAAUUAUUACAAUGGAGGGUUUUAACUCCACCUCUAGUGGUGUGAUGGAGCAGUGCACCAUAGGGUGCUAUGAAAACAACGUUGUUUUCCUAGUACUACAGUUUCCUUUUAAAAUCACCAGCAAAGUCUUACAGCAGUGGGGUGUGGGUUUUUUUUUGUUUUUUUUUUCUAUUUAUGGUGGCAAAGCAUCAGGGUGGUUGUCAUACAGCAGGUAGUCUACCUUUCGGGUACACCUGGCUUACAAUAAUAUUGCCUUUAUGAUUGAGCCACCCUUGUGUAUAUUUUAUAACUUGGGUUUCCAUUUCUCAGCUUAAAUACCUGGUCUCCACAAAUGUCAUGCAACCUCAAAGGACUCACGCCUGCAAUUCAUUUUUUGCUUGCUUAAGAGAUUGGUGUCUUAACACUGGAGGUCUAGAGUAUAUCAAUGUUAACCUGUUUUUCUGUGUUACCAUGGGGAGAUGGUAGCAAGGAAGAUGGAGUGCAAGGUGAUUUUGCAUAUUGAUCAUAGGAAGAAAAUGAUUUUUCUCCUCCCUUCCUUGAUGCCAGGCUGGUGAAUUAGUAGUGGAUAACCGUUUAUUACUUUAUAUAAUUUCCAGGAAAUUCAAACCGCUUCCCAGCAGAACUGAUAUUAACAAAAUAUUUAUUAUGCGUACUUGCUUAUUCUUCUGUACCUAUUUUUUUGGGGAUAGCAGAAUGUGUAUGUGUGUAUUUUUUUUAAUCUAAGCAGUGGCGCUACAAACCAGUUACACUUUUUUUUUUUUUUUUCUUAAACUUUUUAGAUUCAUCUAUUUAUAUGCACUUUUGUUAUUUUCUUUCAAUAAUACAUCUAACUGGCUGUUUUAGUUUUGUUUGUAUGUAAACUUUUUUUUUUUUGCAGACCGUUGCUUUAUGGGAUCUGCGCAAUCUCAAACUCAAGUUACAUUCAUUUGAAUCUCACAAAGAUGAAAUUUUCCAGGUACAAUCAUCUCUACCUUGUAUGAAAGUGUCUCACCACCCUGUCAGUUUUGAGUAUUUCAUAAAAAAGUUUUCAGCAAUAAAAACUUAAAUAAAGGCAGAGCUACCACGGUCAGGUUUUGGUGAUUUCAGUAACCAUUGCUGGUGAUGACUGUGGAUAAAAAAAAAGCAGCAUCUCCCAAAUUGCAAGAGUUGGCCCAUGGAGGGUCCUGUAAUAUUCUCCUCCAUAGAGUGUAACAUUGACGUGGCUCCUGGUUGGUAAAACAUUAGUAGAUGCUGAUGAGAGCCUUUGGUACAUAUGUCUACCAUCAGCUUUUACGCCAAGCCACUGCAAGCUAGGCUUUGUCACCUUCAGCAGUUUUUGCAAGAUAAGCAAAGACUCUUGAAGGUGACAGAGCCACAGUAAAGAUAAUCUUCAGUAUCUUGUGCAUUUUCCUUGAAAAUUCUUUAAGUGGCCUAGAAAAGGAUAUGUCUGAAGAGACUUUACAAGUGGUAGGAAAUAAAUGUAUUUUUGACUACAUCUUGCCGUUUUCUUUCCAGGUCCAAUGGUCUCCCCACAAUGAGACUAUUUUGGCAUCCAGUGGAACAGACCGAAGGCUAAAUGUUUGGGAUUUAAGGUAAUGGCACUAUGACAGCUCUGUUUGUCUGGUAAUGAGAGAAUCUGCUUAGUAGCAGUAGCAUCACGAUAUAUGAUGGGGUUGGUGUGUGCAUGUAUUGGAAGCCAGUUCUUGAUCAUUUCUAUGGGGGUUUUCUUCAGAAUCUGUCUUGAUUGUUCUAUGGGAUUUACAUUUGAACUUAUUUUUGUCUUAGUAAAAUUGGUGAAGAACAGUCCCCUGAGGAUGCAGAAGAUGGACCACCUGAACUAUUAGUAAGUACCUUUGUGUGCUGUGGUAUUCUGAAUUCUUGCUAGAUACCCCAGCAAAACUUUGUAAAGAGAUCUUAUAUAUAAUAUCCUUGGUAAAACUGGCUCUGUCAGAAACAUGACUUGCAUUUCAUGUUGUACGUUCCUGUUCCUGUAAAUGGAUCCUGAGUAAAGAUUUUCAGGCAUUGGUAUAUUAAGUUGAUCUUUGGAUUGUGGCUAAAUGUUUUAAUGUUUAAAACUUCUCUUGUCAGUUCAUUCAUGGGGGGCAUACAGCAAAGAUUUCUGACUUCUCGUGGAAUCCAAAUGAACCUUGGGUUAUCUGUUCUGUGUCUGAAGACAAUAUAAUGCAAGUUUGGCAAAUGGUGAGUUCUAAAUCUUGAAACCUCCUCCCUCCUCUCAAAGUGUAUUUGCCUAAAGGGAUUGAUUAUAAUUUUUUAAAUCUGAGCAGUAGUAUUUUGUGAUACGCACAGUUAGUCACAAAAUGUGGUCCCAUGACUUAGUCAAAAUUUGACUAAGUGGUGUAAUUGAGUCAUUCUUCUAGGUGUAUCAAUAUUGACCAUUUGAUUGCCAAAUCAGACCCACCUGUUAUUAAAAAAAUUAAUGAGUAUUUGCAGUUUCGCAGAACCUACAUGUUAACACAUUCCUGACUUAAUCCACAAAAUUUAAUUCUAUCAAAGGACUGUAUUGUCCAUACAGAUUUGUGCAAGCAAUCCUAAUUACACUUAUCGAAACAGCUUAGUUUUCUUCUCUCUCAAAUAAAAGCAGAUCACGACUUGUUCAUUUACUUUUAUAGAAGUUUAAGCAUGGGUAUGUUGUAGUUUUUAUACAUACAGACCCUACUUUUCUUUUAUGUAUAACUGGAAGGUUGACCAGGUCGGAGCGGUAGUCAAGCUCCACUGUAAAGAGAUUUUGACUACAGAUUCACUGAUCCAAGUACUUGCCUCCAUCCAGUCCUGUCUUCAGAUGCCCAUUCUAUCACUGAUAAUGUGCCUGGUGAAAUGGGCAUGUGUGUGAUUUGACACACACACAAAGCUACAGGCAAAGUAGCAUUUCUGGGCACCACUAUAAAAUAGAUGGUUGUGACUAGAAAGAAGACUCUGAGCAACUAGCAAUUUGUAGUUAACGUUAAGUAAAGCCGGUACCAGGAUCCCAACAAUGCUGGGGUUGACUAAAAAAAAAAAAGUUUAAUGAAGAUAGAAUCUUUAAGAAAUAUUAGUUUUGAAGGUGUUGGAAUUUCACUGAAAUUUCAACCCAGUGAAGAGAGGGACUGAGACAAGGUAUAUUUUGUACACCUGGCACUUCUAGACACUGGGCAGAGCUACUGCUGUAUAGAAGUGUCAGUACCCAGCUGUCAUCUGUGAUGACUGCAGGGAAUUGACUCUGUCUAUGGUGGGUCUUGCAGUAUCCUCCAGAGACACUUUUUUUUUUAAUACUUUACACUUGUGCAUGCGUGAAAGUACAGCAGUGACCUCACACCAGGAGGAAGAUUGACGCACCUACAAGGGACAGAUUAAUGUAAAUAGAACUCUCCUUUCCCUGUUCCACCUCAUAGCCACUGGACCCCUAGUGGCAAUGUCAAUUUUGGGAGUUUUUGCAGAUUCUUUAAAGUCCCCAGACACUGACAGCACUGUUUUUAGCUUUACACAAUUGCAUUCUUGGUUAUAUCCCAUGUAAAAAAUACUGACUUGAAAUGUUUUGUGUGCUGGAUAUCUAGAAGAGCUGCACGUUUCUAUUUCUAAAUGCAGCUUAGUUUUCACAUCUAGGUAAAGGUAAUUUAGUAUUGUACUCAAAUUAAUGCAAACUCUCAUCCUUUGCCCUUUUUUUUUUUGCCACCCAUUGUACUGCAGGCGGAGAAUAUUUACAAUGAUGAAGAUACAGAGGGCAGUGUAGACCCAGAAGGACAGGGAUCAUAGAUGCAGCUUCGUCUGGUGAAACUGUUCUUUACAUCUCCUCCAGUGUGUGUCUUCUGCAUCCAGCAUUUGGAGUUUGACUUCUGUUUCUCAUGAAACAAGCUUUGGCUCUUCCUCUACUCCUACUGUCCCCCCCCCAUUUUAUCUCGCUUUUACUGGUUCUUUUUUUAGUAAGAAAUUCCUUUUGUUUUAUUUAUAAAUAUUUUAUAAAAAUGUCCAUUUAACUACGUGUCGGCUGACAAGACGUUUUUAGAAAGCAAGGAGGGGGAGAAACUGCCUGCUUGUUUCUGCCUCUAAGGUUUGGUGCCACUGUGUCUACCAUUUCCACCUCAUACCUAAAGGACAUCCAGGAACAGACACAUUGCAAUGCAAACAUUCCCCAUUCUACCCGCUGGAACAGCACAACACAACUUUUGUACAUGAUAUGUGGACAAUUUGUUUCUCUUCACUUUUUUUUUUUAACUUUGUGAAUCCUAUUUCUAAUAUAGAAUUCUUCCUUGUGUAGUUGUGCUUUACAAGCCUGUGGUUCUUGGGUGGCAGUAGUAGCCCUUUUUUUCAAGGUGCAGAUCUGACUCUCAAUUUCCCACCUCCUGUAUGUGAGCACCUCACAUGAAAUAAACAGAUUGAUUCUUGUUUUUUAUAACGCAUGUGAUUAUAACAUGGUGUAAUGGGUUUGUGGGAUGCUCUGACUCACUUAGCUUUGACCACAGAUUGGCGCAGGUUACUUACACUGACACUUGUUGGCAAUAGAAAUUGCCCACUUAUCCCAGGGCCUCGGUAAGUGUGAUGUUACAAGUUUGGAUUACUGUGUCACUUUUACUUGGGUAUUCAGUGACCUAAUAGAACAACCUAUCUAUGCACAAAUAGGAUUUACUUUUGCAGAUACUGUGUCUUGCAGUUUAGCUCAGUGCUAAUUUUACAUGUGAACAUUCAUUCUACCAUUACAAUCCCUUCUCUCUCUUUUUUUUUAUACGUAGAUAAAUCCUGUAGAACCAUAGCAUGAGUCACUCUUACUAUUAUCCAUAUCAUGCAGUAGUAGAGACCAGGCUGUGUAAACAGUCAUUCCUUUUUUGUCACUGACUUGAAGAGCUGUCCAUAUAUUUCAAGGCAUCCCCUGUAAAGGAAAAAUGUAUGUUAUUGAUUGUUUCUUGAAUUAACAUGAAAUAACAGGUCUUCCUGGUUCAUUAUGAGACUAUACCGUUUCUCUUGCUGCUCGCUACAGAACAAGAAUAGACGUGAAAUUACAAGCAAGUCUGCCCACUUCAUUGCCUGCGUUUGUUUCUGCUCCCUGCUCCCCACAGCAAGGGCCAAAUACCUGUGUAUCAUGAUCAGGG